ACAAAUAAAAAAAUAAAAUGGCGACGUCCACAAAACGAAAAUUUCGAGCCUCGAAUUUCCUACAAAUAUGCGUCUUGUUCUGUAUCAUCGCCAGUGUUUUGAGCCGAAGUCAUACCCUACAUGUCAAGGAUGACCAACGCAAACAGAUCACAUGCAGCACAUUUGGGUUUCUGAAGAACGGCUACCUGUCGGUGACAAUGGGUGGCUUUACAACCACAUACACGCCAACAGAUACCAAGGUCGACAACAACUUGUUUGGUUUCACCCUGGAUAAAACCUACAGUUCAGGCAUUUCACCAUAUUUGGAAAACAAGGAGGAUGUCUGCGCUAUAAAGAACCCAUCCCUUGCCAAGGAUGAGAGCGUUGCAAUGCUGUUCUUUAUUCUCAAUCUCAAAGACAAACGAUUGGACAUACUGAAACAAGGUAAAGAUUUCAAGAAUAUCCAGAUCACCACCAUGAGCGAGGAGGCCUACGCCAAAGCAAUACGAAACGACCGGAGUGUCACAAGUAAACGUGGCCCAUCCUCCAUCCUUCAUAUGUUACAUAAGCGAGAUGUUAAGGAUAACAAAAUACCCGAUGCUAAGGUGAUGCCGACUACUUUGAAGAAUGAGACCCCAAAAGAGGCUGCAAAGGGUGCGGGCCUGAAGACGGGCUCAGUUACAGGGAAAACACCACCUGCCACACCCAAGAGUACGACCCCAGCUGCUGCUGUGGACAAGGCAGCUGGGAAUGUUGUUUCCAAGUUUUUGCCAGUGAAUGGAUCCAUACCUUUGCAUUAUUUCAAGGAGUCUAUAAAUGUCCAUUUUGUUGUGGCUAUGAAAAGAAAAGAAGAAGAGGGACUGUAUAAUCUGUUUUUCCAUAACUGUGGCAACUAUGGCAAAGAACCGCUACACAACACUGUCAACUUCACUCUCAAUAUCACAGAGAAGAAUGCUGAAAGCUACUUGUCUGCGGGAGAAAUUCCACUGCCUUCUCUCUACUUUGCUUUGUGUGUUCUCUUCAUGUUCACCGGCUGUUUCUGGUUCUUUAUCCUCAGAAAAUCAAAGGAGGGUGUCUACAAGAUCCACUACUUGAUGUUGGGGCUCAUGUUUGUCAAGUCAAUAGCAUUCUUAUUUCAUGGGAUCAAUUACCAUUUCAUUGGUAAGGAAGGAUUCCAGGAGGAAGGGUGGGCCGUGGUAUAUUACAUCACUCAUCUCAUGAAAGGUGCUUUGCUGUUUAUCACCAUCGUGCUGAUUGGAGCCGGCUGGGCUUUCAUCAAACACAUGUUGUCGGAUCGAGACAAGAAGAUCUUCCUUAUUGUUAUUCCGCUGCAGAUCUUAGCAAACGUUGCUCAGAUUAUCAUUGAGGAGAGUGAGGAGGGGACCACGCGAUACACAACUUGGAAGGAGGUUUUUAUUCUCGUCGACUUACUCUGCUGCGGCGCAAUCCUUUUCCCCGUCGUUUGGUCGAUACGCCACCUACAGGAGGGAUCACAGACUGAUGGCAAAGCUGCUAUAAAUCUAAGGAAACUGAAACUGUUUAGGCAUUUUUAUAUCAUGGUUGUGUGUUAUAUUUACUUUACUAGGAUUAUAGUCUAUCUCUUAAAGAUCACAGUGCCAUUCCAGUUCCAAUGGCUCGACGAACUCUUCAAGGAGACCGCCACCUUUGUAUUCUUUGUCAUCACUGGUUAUAAGUUCCGACCGGCGACCGACAACCCGUACCUCCAGGUCCCGAUGGAAGAGGAAGAAUUCGAAAUGGACGAAGUUCUUACUGAGUCCGGUGCUCUUGAAACAGUGACCAAGGUCAUCAACAGAUCAUCUGGGGGUGGCGACAGUGUUACCAAGCAACGCGAAAGCAGUCAUGAAUACGACUAAGUCACAGGAUUUGGUUGAAAGACAUAUGUAUUAAAUUUGCAAGUGAACUUGCAUAAGUUGGCAUAUGGUAUGAUUCGGUGAGAUGCCAUACAUGUACGUGUAGUUCUUAGUAAAAAGUAGUUACCAAUUAGCUGGUCUUUGCUCAUUUUCAAUUCAUCUGAGAAAAAUCUGUUCAACUGAGGUCAUUGAUAAUUCUGUUCCUUGCACUAUCUUCUUCAGAUAAAUCGAUUUGAUAUUAAGAAUUUAUACCUGGUACUUUAUAUUUCUGCCAACUUAUGCAAGUUUGCCUGUAUCCUGUUUGGUGGUUGAAAAGUUGCUAUGCAGACUGGCUGUGUCUCAUUGUCAGGUGCUCAGAGUACGGUAAGUCUGUUGAAAAGCUUGUUUGUUCAGAAGAGCAACACUUGACACGAAUCUGAAUUGUGCGUAACCACCAAACUUGAUCACUGUCACAAGCGAAUCAUCAAAAAAUGGGUUUAACUAUACUGCCGUUUAAUCCUCUGAGCAGGGAGGCUCUUGUGGAUGACAACUUCUGACCCAGAUUUUUCGGUGUUCUUAGGUAGAGCCGAAAGUAUGUGACUUAAAUGAGGUAAAUGCUUCAUUCGUAUCUCAGUUUUAUGCAAAAUAUGUGCUUAGGAUUUUGGUGUUUUUCUGGAAAAAUUAGCAUGAGGCUUUCUUGACAUGUUUUCAAGGUGCAUAUAUAGGCAUAUAUACGCAUAUAGGAUUUGGGGAUGUGUAGAUAUGGGGUCUGGGUUUUCUACGACUGUAAUCAGUUUGAAUUUGGUGUGUUUGCAUAUAUAUGUUGGUCUGAGGAGAGAUAUUCUGAAACACCUUUGUUGCAAUGUUUCAUUUUUAUAAUGGAUUAUGUAUAAGCCUCAUUUUGACCACAGCAGAGGUUCAGGUACAUGUAAGACAGCCAUAACCUUUUGUGUUGAUAUAAAUGUGUCGAAAGCAGAUGCCUUAAAAUAUAUAAGUUUUAGGCUCUGGUUCGGAGGUGUUUUAGAAUAGAAAUCAAAACCUCACUGUCGGUAUUUGGCGUCUCACUAAAUACUGGCCACUGCUCAGAUGGAGCUCUCAUUUCUCCUCUGCUGCCUUGCUGUUGUUAGCCUACUUCUUGGCUCCACCCUCAUGGUGUUUGGUGUACCUCCAGUUUGAUAUGAGUUCCUGUAUUUACAUUGUAAAUACCAAUGACUUGUUGUAAAAUGUCAUAGAUUGUCGGGAUGGUGGUGAAAUGUAAAUCAUUACCGUCUCCUGUUGCCUCAGUUUCUCUUGUUAUAUUAUUCUUGUGGGGAUCCUCUGAAGGCAGUGCUCUUCUUUCACGAAAUGAGUAUGAUGCUGUGAAUGUUAAUGUGGGCAUUUGUAAAUUUGACGUACAAUUUGCAUACAUGUGCAUACAGGUGUGGGGAAUUGAAAAUUAUAUCUGAAUGGCGAACUUAAAAUUUUGCUAUCUUGCGAAAUAAAAAUCACAAAAAACCAAUGUUUUUGAGAUGUUCUCUCAAAUGUGCAUAAUGAAGAUUAGGCGGAUUCUUCACAGUGUCCAGCUGAAGUCUCUCUGCAUUCACACUGUUCUUGUGUGCAACUAGGCCUACGGCUGGGUGCCGAGUAGGGUUAUCAGCAUAGUGACUCGAUCCCCAGCUGUGUACCGGUACAUGUAGUUUUUUAAAGGCAUGUGCAGUUCAUUGUAUUUCCUUGUGUCAAAGUGAUGAAAAUUGGUUUUCAAUGAACAGCAUAUGCCUUUAAAGAAUGGGGCAAUGACAUUGGCACAAUGUUGUAGUUUCUCUCUCUGUAGAUUUUGUAUAUUGUGUAUCUUCUUCUAAGUUAUUGUCCAUUUCAAACAUUCAUUUCUCUAAUACAGGUGUGCAUGGUUCUAAUCUUGUUUAUGUUGGGAUUGAGACUUUAGUUGGAAUUGAUUGUACAUGCAUUAUGAUGACUUGCGAGUAUGAUGUACAGAACUGAUAUUUGAAAAUCUCGGCACGCUUUUGUUGGAUGCAUUAUGCGCUAUUUCAGGAUGUUUGAUAAACCAGCAAUGAACACUGGCCCUAUAAGUUGUAUUGUAAUAUACCAGGCCAAGUGAAGAGCGGUAUGUUGGCUCCUUUGCUUCCACAGAAGGGUUUCUCAGCUGGCUCCGCGAAGUGUGACAUCUCAGUAGAAUGCUGGUCUGAUAAAGAGUUCAAGUUAGUUCCCUUGAGAGAAAUCGACUUAGCACAGUGAGAUGUCUGCCACGGGACGUCUGAAAAUUCACCUCGGAUGCUACUGUAUUGGUUUAGGAUAUUGCAUUGUUUUUGCUCCUGUAUUCAUUUAUGAUGUUAGUCAUUCAUCUAUGAGCAUACUGGUGUAGAACUGUAUAUUUGUUCUGUAAAUAUAUUAUUUUUAUGAAAA